UUUGAUUUGUUAAUGAAGGGUCCAUGUGAGUGAACUUGGCCUGAAAGUAAACCCAUCCGCAGACUCCCUCCUUCAGCGCAGUGACAGCAGCAGCAGCAGCUACGUUCACAUCAGACCCUCCAGAAUGGUGGUACAAUGGUACGCGUUCAUGCACAAUGAGUUAUCGUGUUCUUUUGGCCUUCCGUAUGUUCUCUGUCCUGACAGUACGGCUUCAUUAACACGUGUUUGAGGACGUUAGUGGUCGAGAGGUUUGGAGAAGAGACGUGGGAGCAGCUCAGGUUACUGGCAGAAGUCCAAGACACCUUUAUGACGUAUGAAAUUUACGAUGAUAUCAUCACUAUUCGUCUGGUGCAGGAGGCUUGCAAAAUGCUGGAUGUUUCUUCCGAGGUGGUGUUGAAGUUGUUUGGAGAAUAUUUCUUCAGCUUUUGUAAGAUGUCGGGCUAUGACGCCAUGCUGCGCACACUCGGUGGAAAUUUGAUUGAAUUCAUUGAAAACCUUGAUGCCCUCCAUAGUUACCUGGCGCUAUCUUAUCAGGAGAUGAACGCUCCUUCUUUCCGUGUGGAGCGAACACAUGACGGCAGGACUCUUCUCCACUAUUAUUCAGAUAGGAAAGGACUGCACCACAUAGUUCCUGGCAUAAUUGAAGCAGUGGCGAAGGAUUUCUUCGGCAGUAAAGUGACCAUGAGCAUCCUCGAGCAGCCGGAGGAGGCGGAGCGCACGGGAAAGAGGGAGCAUGUCAUUUUCCUCAUGACACAAACCAGCGAGAGGAUAAAGGAUGAAACCCAAGCUAAAGAAGAUGACGGUCGAGAGCAGAGAGAGGUCGUAGACAUGGUUGAGUCAGAGAGCAUCCUUCACGCGUUCUGCCCCAGCUACCCGAAGAGACUGUGGAUUGAUGAGAGAUCCUUCUGCAAUGCUUUCCCCUUUCAUAUCGUGUUUGACCAAGAUCUGAUUGUAAAACAGACUGGCGUGAACAUACAGAAGUUCGUGCCAGGACUGCAACAGGCAGGGAUCCGUCUGGACGAAUGCUUCAGCGUGGUCCAUCCUGAAGUAACACUCAACAUCUACAGCAUCAAGAAGUUCAUCAACAGCCAGUUUGUACUGAAGACUAAAAAGGAGAUGCUUCCACAACGAAUCCAAAACCAGUCUAUGCUCAAAUUACGAGGUCAGAUGGUAUGGAUGGAGUCUCUGCAGUGUAUGGUAUAUCUCUGCUCUCCUAAGCUGCGCAGUCUGCAGGAACUGGAGGAGCGCGGCCUGCACUUGGCCGACAUCGCUCAGCACGACACCACGCGUGACCUCAUCCUGCUCAACCAGCAGCGGCUGGCCGAGAUCGAGCUCUCCAACCAGCUCGAGCGUAAGAAGGAGGAGCUGCGCAUUCUCUCCCGCCACCUGGAAAUUGAGAAGAAGAAGACCGAGACACUGUUGUACGCCAUGCUGCCACAUCAUGUCGCUAUCCAGCUCAAAGAGGGCAAGAAGGUGGAGGCAGGUGAGUUUGAGGUGUGCACUAUUCUCUUCAGUGAUGUGGUCACCUUCACGAACAUCUGCGCAGCCUGUGAGCCCAUCCAGAUCGUCAACAUGCUUAACGCCAUGUACUCCAAGUUCGACCGCCUCACUAAUGUCCACGAUGUCUACAAGGUGGAGACGAUUGGCGAUGCUUAUAUGGUGGUCGGUGGCGUGCCCAUUCCCAAGGACACACACGCUGAGCGCGUGGCGAACUUCGCCUUGGGCAUGAGGAUUUCUGCCAGGGAGGUGAAGAACCCUAUCACAGGACAGCCAAUACAGAUCAGGGUAGGUCUACACACUGGGCCUGUCCUUGCUGGUGUCGUUGGUGAAAAAAUGCCUCGCUACUGUUUGUUCGGAGACACGGUCAAUACCGCAUCCCGAAUGGAGAGUCAUGGAGUCCCUGACCAUAUCCACCUGAGUCCUUUCACCUACAGUGUUCUGAAGGAUAAGCAGUUUGACAUUCGUGAAAGAGGUGAAAUCCAGGUGAAGGGCAAAGGUCUGAUGACCACCUACUUCCUGCUCCAGAACCUCGAGCUGUCUGAGGAGCAGAUCAUGGGCAAAGGGGAAGAUACUUGUGUGUACAGAGAUGACCAUAAGGAGGUGACACAAGCCACAGACGAUCAAAUAAGAGAAGUGGAAGAAGAGAGGAAAUCUGCUACCAAAGAGCAAAACGGAAGCUCCUCCCCCUAUCUUUCUUCUGAUGACCCUUCACCACUUCCUGUCAUGGAUUCCUCUGCUGCAGACUCUCCUCAUCAUGACGUACUUCAUUACGUGCCUGAUUACUCAGAACCCGUAAAGACAGACCUUCCCGUCAUCAACUCCCGUCUCUGCACACUCCUUUAAAUGGCACGACACGCACGCCUUACACGUUUCCGUUAGUCACACAGCAGACACAAAUCCCAUCAACUAUUUUAUUCACUUUUUUAACACACUAGUAUGAGAUUGGUCAAAUAAUACAGUUCUGAAAAGGUUGAUAGUACAGAUUAUUAUGCUUUGUUGGGUUCUACGGAUGCACGGACCUGAUCAGGGCAGAUAUCUGCCUGAAAUCCUCGAGUGACGAAGAACCUGCAGGGAAAUUGCAGAUUACUGAGAGCUGGUACCAAGAACCAGCGAGAUCUUUGACCUUUGACGCUGGUAUUGUAUCAAAACGCGAGAUCGGUCCACCUCUACUGCGUACAUUUGCAUCAAUUAUUUUUUAUUUAUUUAAUGGUCUGUUAAUGCAGCUUGUUUAUAGGUCCAGGUGGCGUUAGCAGGCAUCUGUUACUUUUCAUAACCUAAAUUAUAAAGAAUUUCUGUCAUUUUUCUGCACUCAGAUAACGUGUUCAAACCUGCAGAACACUAGACUGCAUCAUAAGAUGACUGCAUAGCUACUG